AUGAGCCUGCCUUCACGGGCGGGCGAGUGGAGGUGCUCAACGUCCGGUGGGACGGGCGGCGACGAGGCCCGGUGGGAGUCGGACCCGCGCACCGUCAAGCCGCCCCCGCCUCCGCCGGCCUCGACCGUGUACGCCAUCGUCUUCACCAGCAAGAAGCGCCUGCACAAGCUCGCCGUCAUCCGCCACCGGUGCCGCACCAAGCUCAUGGCCGCCCUCACCAGCGCCAUCAAGGCGCGUGCAUCGGGGGGCCUGGACUCGCGCUUUGCCCCCACCGACGGGGUCUGGGUCAUCCAUGCCCAUCCGCAGUCGUACUCGUGCCCCAUGGACACCCUCACCGCCGAGAUGGACAGGGCGCUUGCUCGGAUCGGACGUCAUGCGUUUAGCGACGGCACGGCCAGCGGCCGUUUCCCCGAGCGUCGCUCCAGCGGCCACGGCCACGGCCACGGCCACGGCCACGGCCACGGCCACGGCUCGACGUCGACGGGACCUCGGACAAGGGUUUCAAGGACCACGACCACGGCCAUCGACGCCACCGCCAACGUCGGCGCAUCCUCUCGCCGCGAUCCGACAUUACCGCGGUCCAGGUCGUCCGGACGGCCCUCGUCGUCGUCGUCGUCGUCGUCGUCGCCGCCGCCGCCGAAGCGCUACACGCGGGCCGGCUUCCUGUGA